UCUGUGCGUACGUCUCCCACUGCAAUUGGGUCUCCUUAAACACAAAGAUUUGACAAGCCAUGCUGGUGUUGCUGCUGGAUAAACAAGACCGUUUUUUGUUUCUUCUCUCACAGGGACGUUAUACAAACUGAAAUCUUUGUAGCACACAAAGAAACAUCAUGAAGACCGUCAUUUUUCAGGCUUUGCUCGUCAUCCACAUCUCCUUCAUCUGCUUCUUCACUGCAGCACGGGGCCAAUCAGACAGCAGCAGCAGCGUUGUGGUGGCCGCCUACAAUGUGAGCGCCCCCGCUGGCUCCAGCGUGACAUUGCAGUGUGUGAGCGGCCGCAUGGUGUGGACCAGAGACAGGCUGAGGGACAGACAAAGGGUGGUCCACUGGGAUGUGUACCGGGCUCAUAUGGACUACGGCAUGGAGAGAGUGUUGGACAUGUAUUCGGCAGGAGAACAGAGGAUCUACAACUCCUACAACCUGGAUCGAGUGGGGCUUAGCCGGAAGGCCUUCAGAGAUGGAAACUUCUCCCUGGUCAUCAAAGAUGUGACAAUGAACGACAGAGGUCUGUACUCUUGUAACCUCCACCAUCUCUACUGCCACCUAUACGAGACGGUCCGAGUGCAACUUAACGUCACUAAAUCCCGUCGCAAAGAGCAGCGCUACUGGGACGGCCACAAAGCCGUGUACGUGGUUCUGCUGGGGAGCACCGUGGUGCUGCCGUGCGUCAACAGGAGAAACAUUUGGACCGACUGGAGCAAUGAGGAGGAGGAUCAGCAGGUGGUACACUGGGACCGGCAGUCCCCGGGAAUCCACCACGAUCGUGCAGACCGCCUUGUGGACUUGUACGCUUCAGGUGAGCAGCGAAGCUAUGGACCCUCGUUUCUUCGGAAGAAGAUGAAUAUCAGCCAACAGGCUUUUGCAGAUGGAGACUUCUCACUCACCAUAUCCGAUCUGCAGGCCACAGACCAGGGGAUGUACUCAUGUCAUCUUCACCAUCAUUACUGUGGUUUACACGAAAGGAGACAGUUUCAGGUCACAGUGGACGCACCGCUGAUUCACACUAAAACAGAAAAAGCACUACCCAGUGCAGACAAAGAUGAAGGGAACAAAGCGGAUCCACCUCGGGUCAUCAACGUCGUCCUGCCUGACCAGAGACAUCACUUCUUGAUGCCACUGGGAUUUGUUCUCACCGCCUUCCUCCUCCUGGCAUUCAUUGUCCUCCUCAUCAUCCUGAUCACACGCAGAAGAAGAACCAUGGAGUUAUAUUCCGUGGCAUCCAUGAGGUCCAAUAGAAGUCGCAGCAGCUCGGAUGAGUUUGAGAUGGAAGUUUCCGGGGCGACGCCGCCUAUCAGGGAACAGGAUGAUCUAUUCGACUUUAAGAACAACCUGCUGAAAGAGGUCAACAUAAAUACUCCAUGCAAAGUCAUUGAUCUCGACAAAGAGAUGCAGAAAUGUUGCAAGUGAGAAAAGUAACAAUGAGGUCACUGGCUGGUCCAGAGGCUGAUCUACACAUCCAAGACUGCUGGGAGUUUCAGCAGAGGAGAGUCCACAGGGAUGUGUGUGUGUUGUGACAUCCUCACAGCUCCCACACCUUCAUGUUUCCCAAAAGGUACAGACAACUUAAUCCACGACACACGGCACCACAGUGCCACACAGUGGUUGAAUGAAAUUACUGUACUUUGAGAUGUUGACUUCAGUUAUAAGUGAUGCAAUGUUCUGCUCAUGAUCAUUAUCUGUCAAAGUUACAUAACACUUUUCUCUGAUUGCAUCUUAACUGACUGCACUAAAAUACCACUGAGGGGGCUAUUUUUUUUAGUGCAAAAUAUAGUUGUGUGUCAUUUACAGUAGAUGCACAGGCUUUUGUGUUCAAUUUUUUUUGUCGUGUUCAAUUUUUUUUUCAACAAGUAAUGAAAUAAAAUCAGACAUCAUAUUUC